AUGCAAGAGUUGAAAGACCUAGGUCUAGAUGCAAGUUCGGUGAUCCUCGACGCGAAGCCCCUCCCUACCGAGCGAAAGAGAGUUUUUGUUUUGGUCUCUCGCCUGUCUGGAGAGAACAGCUCGGAGAAUCUGAAGAAGGAAGUGGUGCAGCUGGCUGACAUAGUCCAGAAGAAGUUCCCGCAGCUGCACAUGGAGGCCUUCCUCGGCGGGCCUGCCGGCUCUUCAGGGUCAGCAGCUGCCCCGGUCUCCAAGAUUCCUUCGGCCCAGCCAUCCUCGGCAUCUCUCAUGGACGAGGCAGAGAUGGUUUCCAAGUACCACCAGGCGUUUUCCAAUGCCAUUGCCAAGGCUGUUCGGGCGAAGAGGCUGGACGACAAGGACGAGCACGCCUUCAAGAACGAUCGCCCCAGCCAUCUCCAUGACAGCCUCAAGCACGUGACCCCAUGGAUGAAGGCCCAGGUCGAUGUGUACUUCCUCAUCGGGCAGGCCUUGGCUGAGAAGAGGGGCUUGCAUGACUUUCUCCAGGAGAUGGUGGCUGACGUGUCUCAGAGCUGCGAUCGUGGCCGGGUCUCAUUUGGCAUCGUGCCGACGGUCACCAGAUCGAGCACACUCUACCACUAUGGUCAACGUUGCUUUGUCCCUUACGACCUGAUCUUCUCUGCACACGGCUAUCCGAUCGACAAUUUGUCGUGGAAGGGUGUGGAUGCAAAGAGCUUGGUUGGCAACGUGACUGCCAGCACAUCCCUGGUGGUCUCGAUGACUCCGCUUCUGAGGGCCUUGGGCGUCUUGUGCAGGUCUGGCUGA